AUGCUGCGAAGCUCCCUUCGAAACUCGGGCAGCCAGCUCCUCAGAGCGAACUGCCACUCCUCAAGAUGCGCCUCUCAGGCCACGAGGUCGUACUCCCUAGCCGCCGCUCGCCGUCCUCUCGCCCUGUCCGCCCAGAAGAGAUAUGCCUCUGCGAUCGCCAAUCCGCCCUCACCCAACGACAGUUUUUUGUCCGGCAACACCGCCAACUACAUCGACGAGAUGUACAUGCAGUGGAGGAGCGAUCCGGAGAGCGUCCACAUCUCAUGGCAGGUGUACUUCAAGAACAUGGAGUCGGGCGAGAUGCCUAUCCAGCAGGCCUUCACGCCGCCUCCCAAUCUUGUGCCUGGUGCCACUGGGGGUGUAGGCGUCGGCAUGGGCGUGGGUCAAGGCGGUGAUGUUACGAACCAUCUCAAGGUCCAGCUCCUGGUGCGCGCGUACCAGGCUCGUGGCCAUCACAAGGCCGACAUCGACCCCCUCCGCAUCCGUCAGGAGGAAGGGUUCACUAAUGUUAAGCCCAAAGAACUGACCCUCGAGCACUAUGAAUUCACCGAAAAGGACCUCGAUCAGGAGUUUAGCCUCGGUCCGGGCAUCUUGCCACGCUUCAAGAAGGAUGGGCGCGAGAAGAUGACCUUGCGCGAGAUCAUCGACGCCUGCGAGCGCAUCUACUGCGGCUCCUACGGUGUCGAGUUCAUUCACAUUCCCGACAGGGCCAAGUGCGACUGGCUGCGACAACGAGUCGAGAUCCCCGAGCCUUUCAAAUACUCCCAUGACGAGAAGCGUCGCAUCCUCGACCGCCUAAUCUGGAGUUCCAGUUUCGAGUCCUUCUUGGCUACCAAAUAUCCCAACGACAAGCGAUUUGGCCUUGAAGGUUGCGAAACACUGGUACCGGGAAUGAAGGCGCUUAUCGACCGGAGCGUCGAUUACGGUGUCAAAGACAUUGUCAUCGGUAUGCCCCAUCGUGGCCGCCUAAACGUGCUCAGCAACGUCGUCCGCAAGCCCAACGAGUCGAUCUUUAGCGAGUUCGCCGGAACAGCUGCUGCCGAGGACGAGGGGUCGGGAGACGUUAAGUAUCAUUUGGGCAUGAACUUCGAGCGUCCCACGCCAUCUGGGAAGCGGGUCCAGCUCUCCCUCGUUGCCAACCCUUCGCAUCUGGAGGCCGAGGACCCGGUCGUGCUUGGCAAGACUCGGGCCAUUCAGCACUACAACAACGACGAGACGACGCACAAAACUGCCAUGGGAGUCUUGCUACACGGUGAUGCUGCCUUUGCCGCUCAAGGUGUCGUCUAUGAAUGUCUUGGUUUCCACUCCCUUCCUGCCUUCUCGACUGGUGGGACUGUCCACUUGGUUGUCAACAACCAGAUCGGUUUCACUACCGAUCCCCGUUUCGCCCGCUCGACUGCCUACUGUACGGAUAUCGCCAAGGCCAUCGACGCCCCUGUAUUCCAUGUCAACGCGGACGACGUUGAAGCUGUCAAUUUUGUCUCCCAGCUCGCUGCUGACUGGCGCGCCGAGUUCCAGUCUGAUGUUGUCAUUGACCUCAUCUGCUACCGGAAGCACGGCCACAAUGAGACUGAUCAGCCUUCGUUCACGCAACCGCUGAUGUACAAGCGCAUCGCCGACCACGAGCCGCAGAUCGACAUUUACACCAACAAGCUACUCAAGGACGGAACUUUUACCAAGUCAGAUAUCGAGGAGCAUAAAAAGUGGGUCUGGACCACGCUGGAAGAGACCUUCACCAAGUCGAAAGACUAUCAGCCAUCCUCGAAGGAAUGGACUACUUCUGCCUGGAACGGCUUCAAGUCGCCCAAGGAGCUGGCGAACGAGGUCCUGCCUCACAACUCAACCAGCGUCGACAAGAAGACACUGGAGCACAUUGGAGAGGUCAUCGGCUCUGCUCCCGAAGACUUCCAUCUCCACCGCAACCUGAAACGUAUCCUCCAGAACAGAACCAAGUCCGUUAUUGACGGCAAGAACAUUGACUGGUCGACGGCUGAAGCUUUAGCAUUUGGUUCUCUCGUGACCGAGGGUCACCAUGUUCGUAUCUCUGGUCAGGAUGUCGAGAGAGGCACUUUCUCACAGCGCCACUCGGUUUUCCAUGAUCAAGAAAACGAAGAGACGUACACCCCACUACAGCACAUCAGCAAGGAGCAAGGCAAGUUUGUCAUCUCCAACUCGUCCCUUAGCGAGUUCGGAGCCCUAGGCUUUGAAUACGGCUACUCGCUCUCCUCUCCAAAUGCUCUGGUCAUGUGGGAGGCUCAGUUCGGUGACUUUGCCAACAACGCUCAAUGUAUCAUUGACCAGUUCAUUGCCUCCGGAGAGGUGAAGUGGAUGCAGCGAACGGGACUGGUCAUGUCACUCCCUCACGGGUAUGACGGACAAGGCCCCGAGCAUUCGUCCGGCCGCAUGGAGCGCUACCUACAGCUAUGCAACGAGGACCCGCGGGUAUUCCCUUCGCCGGAUAAGGCUGAGCGCCAACAUCAAGAUUGCAACAUGCAGAUUGCCUACAUGACUACGCCCGCCAACUUGUUCCACGUUCUUCGUCGCCAAAUGCACAGACAGUUCCGAAAGCCCCUCGUGAUGUUCUUUUCCAAGUCGCUCCUGCGUCAUCCCCUGGCUCGUUCCAGCAUCGAGGACUUCACCGGUCCUGACGCUCACUUCCAGUGGAUAAUACCCGACCCGGAGCACGAGACAGGAGCUCUCAAGUCGCCGGAGGAGAUCGAUCGUGUCAUCCUAUGUUCCGGCCAGGUGUAUGCGGCACUCCACAAGUACCGUGCCGAGAACAAGAUUGACAACGUCGCAAUCACGCGUAUCGAGCAGCUCAAUCCCUUCCCAUGGGAGCAGCUGAAAUCGAACCUUGACAUGUACAAGAACGCCAAGACUGUUGUCUGGUGUCAAGAAGAGCCGCUGAACGCUGGAGCGUGGUCUUUCACCCAGCCGCGCAUCGAAACUCUUCUCAACAACACCCAGCAUCACGACCGCAAGCACGUUAUGUACGCCGGCCGAAACCCAUCAGCAUCCGUGGCUACUGGCCUGAAGGCUACCCACAAGAAGGAAGAGGAGGAGCUGCUGCAGCAUGCAUUCUCUGUAACGCAAGACAAGCUCAAGGGCGAGUGA